AUGGAGGUGAGAAAAGGUUCAUGGACCAAAGAGGAAGAUCAUCUUCUGAGGAACUACAUUGAGAAACAUGGUGAGGGAAGAUGGCACAAGGUUCCUCUUCAAGCAGGCUUAAACAGAUGCAGAAAGAGCUGCCGGAUGAGGUGGUUGAAUUAUUUGAAGCCAAACAUCAAGAGAGGAGACUUUGAAGAGGAUGAAGUCGAUCUAAUGAUCAGGCUUCGGAAGCUUUUGGGAAACAGGUGGUCUUUGAUUGCUGGACGGCUUCCCGGAAGAACAUCAAACGAUGUGAAAAACUAUUGGAGUGCUCGACGAAGAAAAAACAUAAACUUCGGCAUCACGAAUCAUAAUUAUAAGCCUCCAGAAAUAACAAAGACUACAGUAAUAAGACCUCGACCACGAACCUUCACCAAAAGUUUACAUUAUUUGAAUGCUAAAGUUACAACUUCAAAUCCUAUUGAAUUAGGAAAUAGUUCAUCGUCAACAUCACCACCUAUGGAGAAUGGAAUUGAUGACUGGAAAACUCUACUACAUGAAGAUGUCCUGACAAACUUUUGGGUUGAGGAUACAGCCUCAAUGUCAAGUAUAGGUGUCAAUUCUACUGAGAAAGGUUUUGAAAUGGACCUGUGGCAGUUUUUACAAGAAGAAACAAGGCAAUAA